AGCAAACUCUCUCCAGCACAGGCUGAUGAGUUAAAUCUACCACAAACUGUCAGAUAUGUAGUCCGACCAGCUGACACCGAGCGGGACUCAACACAAGCCGGAUUCCUCACCUGUUUUCGUCGCGUAAUGACACAAAUUAGCCGGGAUACUUCGACAAGUCGGCUCUGUUGAAUAUCUGUGAGCCCGCAUCCAGCAGCGACAACAGCUGGCUAACAAGCUAACAAGCGACUAGCAGUAGCGACCCAGCGGUCGGACUGGACAGCUGUCAGCCCGGAAGGCCGAGCCGAGCCGAGCCGGGCCGGGCCGAGGUUUAACUUUCUCCGUCCGGACGGAGCCAGCACUAGAAAGUCUCCUCCUUCACCUCCUUUUCCCCUCUCCUGUUGUCGAUCGGUAAGAAUGGAUUCAUCUUUGGGGAUAGGCGGCGAGGAGUGCUUGGCAACUGUGAAAGGUCAGGAGCUGAGGUCUGGCCAGAAGGAGCCCAGACUACUGUCACUAAUUGAGCGCAGUGGAGAGUUUAUAUUGGGCGUCUUGGCGACUCCUGAUGCUGUUGUGUCUCGUCCAGUGGCUCAGCUGUCCAUACCCAUCAAUGGUAAAUUUGAGCUUGUAAGAGAGGCUGAAGAAGCUUUGCUCAUUGACUUCGCUGCUCAUACCGGUGUCAGGAUACGAAUCAAAGGAGAAAAAACUCCAGACCUGCUGUUAGAACUCCAGGACGAUGAACGGACUCAGACUUUCUUUGUCCAGGUGAAGAGCGCUCAGGAGCAAGUUCAAUCAAAACUCACGACACCCAAAGCGAUGGAGCCCCUAGCACCAAUAGCACAGAGGGGUCCAGUCCCCAUCCCGCCUCAAAGAGGAAACAAGACUGCUAACUCUAUGGGCUCUGGAGUCAACCCACCCAAAUCUACCAGUGCACUGCCUACCAACCUCAACAACAGCACUCCAACAAAUCGCACUAAUACAGAUCCGGCUCAGUCACUUGCCUCAGACUUUGGCUUUGAGGACAACUUCAAUCAUGCUCUGAAAGUGGAGGAAAAGAAGAACCACCAGAACCGGAUCGUUGCCUCCAGGGAACCUCCUCCUGUUCCUCCUCUACCUCCUCGCAAAGCCUCCUACACACCAACCAACCCUCUGCCUCCUCCACCAGUCCCUAAAGACAGAGCUGUCUCCUUACAGGCCAAAGACAACUCCAAACCAGAUAGUUUCAGAUCAGGUUUUGAUCGUGUGGACAGGCCACCAUCUUGGUGCGAGAGUCCCACCACAAACACCAUGAGGCAGGCCAUGUUCUCCAGCCAGGCGGGUCAAAGAGAAUACCUCAUCAAACACCGCCUGGGUAAGAAGGAGAACGAGUAUGUGGACCUCCAGAACUUCAGGUUUUUCACCGGCACGUGGAACGUGAACGGCCAGUCUCCAGACAGCUCGCUUGAGUCGUGGCUCUGCUGUGACCCAGAACCUCCUGAUCUUUACGCUUUGGGCUUUCAAGAAUUGGACUUGAGCACUGAGGCUUUCUUCUACAUGGACUCGUCCAAGGAGCAGCUUUGGGUAGAAGCUACGGAGAGGAGCUUACACACUAAAGCCAAGUACAAGAGAGUUCGGACCAUACGGCUGGUUGGGAUGAUGCUGGUGGUCUUUGUCAAAAAGACACACAAGAAUCAUAUAAAAGAAGUGGCUGCAGAGCACGUGGGGACUGGAAUCAUGGGAAAAAUGGGGAACAAAGGAGGUGUUGCAGUGAGGUUUGUUUUCCACAACACUAGCUUCUGCAUCGUCAACUCACAUCUAGCGGCACACGUGGAGGACUUUGAGCGCCGUAACCAGGACUAUAAAGACAUCUGUGCUCGCAUGACCUUCCACUUACUGGAACACCCCCCCCUCAGCAUCGUCAAGCAUGAUGUGGUAAUCUGGCUUGGAGAUUUAAACUAUCGUCUGUUCUUGUACGAUGCUGCUGAGGUCAAACAGCUCAUUACUCAGAAUGAGCUGAGGAAGCUUCAGGAGGUUGAUCAGCUGAACAUUCAGAGGCAGACCAAAAGAGCCUUCACUGACUUCAUGGAGGGAGAGAUUAACUUCAUUCCUACGUACAAGUAUGACCCCAAAACAGAUCGAUGGGACUCAAGUGGGAAGUGCCGUGUCCCGGCUUGGUGUGACAGAAUCCUGUGGAGGGGAAACAAUGUUAAGCAGCUCAAAUACCGAAGUCACAUGGAGAUGCAAACCAGUGACCACAAACCUGUCAGCUCCCUCUUCAAUAUAGGGGUGAAGGUCGUGAAUGAGCAACGCCACAAAAAAGUGUUUGAAGAGAUCGUUCGGGCGAUGGACAGAAUGGAGAACGAUUUCCUUCCCUCUGUAACCCUGAGCAGGAGAGAGUUUGCAUUUGAGAAUGUGAAAUUCCGGCAGCUUCACAGGGAGCGCUUCCUAAUAACGAACGAUGGGCAGGUCCCGUGUCACUUUGCCUUCAUCCCCAAACUCAACGACUCGCAGUAUUGUAAGCCUUGGCUGCGUGCCGAGCCAAGCGAUGGAUUCUUAGAGCCCAAUGAGACGCUGGAGAUCUAUCUGGAGGUGUACGUCAGUAAAGACUCUGUCACGCUGCUGAACUCCGGAGAGGACUCCAUAGAGGACAUUCUGGUGCUCCAUCUGGACCGUGGCAAAGACUACUUCAUUACCAUCUCUGGCAACUACAUGCCCAGCUGCUUUGGCACCUCGCUGGAGACUCUGUGCCGCAUGAAGAAGCCCAUCAGAGAGAUCCCCAUCACCAAACUCAUCGACCUGGAAAAGUCCAAGGUGAACUUUCUGUUGGUGGAUGGUGCAAGUACCGAGGACAAACCUCUAAAGAUCCCCAAGGAGGUCUGGGUUCUGGUCAACCACCUCUUCACCAAGUCCUGUGAUCAGGAGGAUUUGUUUCAAACACCGGGCUUACAAGAGGAGCUGCAGAGCAUCAUCGACUGUCUGGACACGAGCAUCCCAGAAUCCAUCCCUGGUUGCAACCACUCGGUUGCAGAGGCCCUGCUGAUCUUCUUGGAGGCCUUGCCGGAGCCAGUCGUGUGUUAUGAACUCUACCAACGGUGCCUGGACUGUGCUCACGACAGCCGUCUCUGCAAACAGUUGAUCUCACAGCUGCCCCGGGCUCACCGCAAUGUGUUCCGUUACCUAAUGGCCUUCCUGAAAGAACUGCUCAAACACUCCCACAACAACAACCUAACAGCCACUCUCUUAGCAACCCUCUUUGCCAGCCUCCUUAUCCGACCGCCUCCCAACCUGGUGGCUAGGCAGACGUCACACGAAAGGCAGAAAGCAAUCGACUUUGUUCUGGGUUUCCUCAUGGCAGGAGAUGAGGAGUAACGCAGGAGACCAGAGUGUCCCCUCUUUGCAAAGGAAGUGGACCCGUUGAACACUGUGUAACAUGAUUCACUUGGUAUUUUGUCAUCUAUUGGAGACCAGUGCACCCUUUCUUUCAUCAACUCUCAUGUUCGACAUCCACAAGACCCUUUUUUUUUUUUUUUUUUUUUUGGCUUCCAUUUGAACUUCAAUGAUUACACCAAGUGUCAGAGCUUAAGUUUUGUUCAUAGUACGACCGCUCGCUGGAUUUGAAAGCACUAGGAGGAGGUUUGAACUGAUGAGUAUGCACCUCUGCUGAACCUGUAGGACCUCCAGACUACAGUCGUCCUCAUCCUCAGCUGACCCUUCUUACUGUAGGCGCUCUUGCCAAAAUAGUAGUGAGUGCUAUGAACGUGAAAACACUAUGUAUGCAUAGAUGCUAAGAGAGAGACUCGGUUACACUAAAGAAAAUGAACAGUGAGACGCAGACUGAAUGCUAGCAUAUCUGUCAAAGCAUUAGAUAGUUUAAAAUGGGAUAAUUAUGAAAAUACUAAGAAUGUUUAAGCUUAAAAUAAAUCGUGACAAUCGUUCAUUUUGCAGCAUUUUAGCUGAGGGGGCAAUAUUAAGAUAUCUGCUAGAGUUAUUCAUUAGCAUUUCCAUUGUGUUUUAACUGUUAUUUAUAUAUAUUUGUUUCCUGUUCAACAUACUUUGCACCACCCAAACCGAUUUUCUCUACUGUGGUUUAUUUUCAAGCUCCGCCUCGUUUAAAAAGAAAUGUCCCAUCGGAAAAAUCUCAUCAUAUAUUUAGUUUUGUUUGUUUAAUCAUCCUGUUAUAGAAAAAGAAACACUUUGUCGUCUGUUUGUGGUGUCUUUUUGUCUAACCAUGAGCCUUACAUCCAGUUAUGCCAGUUCCUCUUAAGUUACAAAACAAGUCUGUUAACUUCCUGAUGGACCGGAAUAGAGCGAAGAGUUAAAGCUUGUGUGGUUCUCGAUGUCUUAAAUGGUGUAAAUAGUGGUCGUUUUCCCUGUUUGACUUUCAUGGGUAUUUGACUGUCAGUAUAUGGUGGUGCAAAUAUGUGAUGGUGUCUACACUUUGUCAUGUUUGUCAUGAAGGUGGAACUAUUACUAUCUGUAUUUGUUUACAUGUCUCUCUUCUCUCACUUCUGCCACAUUUUAAGGCUUUACAGUUCUUGCUGCCAAGGCUCCAAAAUUGUUUCUCAAACUAACUCUAGACUCUUUGUUUGACGUGAUACAGCAUUUUCUGUUCAGCAAGAUUUUAAUGGCUCGUUACUCUGCAGGACGUAGCCUGUCUCUGUGCACUUUUCUCAUUUGUGCCACAGAGGAAACAUUUUUGUGUUGGCACUGUUGCAACACGUCAUGGGUAUUUGAAAUAAGGAACUCCCAUGCUGUGUAUAAUGAAGAGUAUUUCCUCUUACCAGUUGUAUCCAGAGACAGCCUCCUCCUAGCUUUCCAUAACAAAAAUAUUUGCAGCAUUUAUGAUACUAAUUUCCAUUGUUCAGUAUCUCUUAGAAAUGUAGCAAAGCCAGAAAAGCCCUGAGAGGUUUUCAUCUCUGACGCUGCAGGAACUCAAAAGAUUUUUAUCUGAGACGAUGUGAGCUCAUGAUGUAAUAUGACACUGCUGACAAUCAUGGCACUUAAAGGAUAAACCUGUAGGGCUCGACUUGCUCUAUUCUUGUGUAGUUUCUUCUGCCUUAUUGCCAUUUAGUAAAUAGAUGCUUCUGUUGGCCUUCAUCAAGCCAAGCUUUACUAAAACGUGGCUCAGGCCUGAAGGAAAAGUGUACGUUGAUCUUGAUUUGGGAGAUUUUACAAUUUAUUUAUUGACAUAAACAACUAAACGUCAAACCAAUCAGUAUAAUCAGUAUCUUGUUCGUUGCCACUGAAUCAACUGUAUUUGUGUGGAUUUUUUGUGCUUCCCGUCUUCAGUUUUGUCACUCUGUUCAUAAAUUUAAGGUACGUUUUUAAAAGGUAUACAAGGAAACACUUGCACCUGUUUUCAACUUUUCUGAUUUCUUUUCUUCUUUUUUUUUUGGUACUUUUAAUUUAUUUAACAGAAAUAAAAUGUAUAAAGUUGUUUCGUGUUCUAAUUCA